UAAAUACUACGCAAUCGACCAAUCGUGACUCACUUCACUAGGUGCAAGAUGCGAAAAUAAAAAUAAAAAAUAAUAAAAUAAAAAAGAUAAAAAGUAAAUCAUGGAUUUGGAAAUUGCUAAGUAAACAAAAUACUUUUGUUAACGUUACUACUUACAAGAACCAUAUUAACCUCAGUGACCUACUUCUGCUACUAAUACGAGCACGACUCAAAGAUGCCUGCUGUAACAUCAACAACGCCAGAAGAACAGAAUGAUGCAGACCAGAAAAUGUGGAAUGCCCUCAGGAGAUAUAUCAUACGAGAACGGCAAAGAAAAAAAGAAGAGUAUGAAGCAGAGGUGGAAGAAGAGAGAUUGAGAAAAGAACGUGAAGCCAGAGAAAGACAGGAUGUUAUGACAUUGGAAGAAACAAAGGAGCAAAUUGAGCAAUUGGAACUUAAACUAAAGCAAUUAGAGAAGGAGAAACAGCAACUGUUCAUGCAACUUAAGAGAGUGCUCAAUGAAGAUGAAAUCAGAAAACGACAGCAACAAAAGGAGACUAAUGAAAUGCAACCAAUGAAGAUGCCAAUGGGUAAUUUGCCCAUGCCGAUGUUCCCCAUGCCCACAUCGACAGGGCAAGGCGAGCCCCCGCCCUCACAGGGCAGGCCUCCACCGCUAACCUCACACGGACUUAAUAAGAAUAAGCACUCAAACUACAUGUUUGUGUCGCAACAGCAGAGCAUGGUCCGGCCCAUGCAGGCCAGUGUGAAGCGUCCGCGCAGUCCGUCCCCCACAUAUGCUCUGUACACACACAGACUACACCAGCCUCCUAUGAAGCACCAUACUGUGUAUUCAGACCACAAGGUAGAGGAUGGUCGAAUGGGCCGCCAAAUGGCGCGCGCAGUUCUUUGGAACAAAGGAGGUUACUCCAAUCGAGUAUCCGAGCAAUCCUCCCAAUACGCAUCCGGCGUGAGCGGUUCCGGGGUCCAAUCAGGCGCGUACUACGCCAUGCCCACGUCAGGAGUGGUCGUCACGGAACGACCGCCGCCGUUGCUGUACGCGCAACACGCGCACACGCCGCACGCGCACACGCCACACACGCCGCACACGUUGCACCAACCGCACCACACGGGGCUACUGUACGCGCCUACUCAACAACAGCAUUUGUACUUGGAUAAUAUGCUGAAGAGGGAUCCUCAGCCUGAACCCAAGAAGGAAACCCAGCCUCAAGUGCUAAUCGGCUUGAGCGAGGCGCAUCACCCGUCAGUGAGCAGCGGUGUGGUGUACGCGCAGCCGCCGCCCUCCAGCCGACAUCUCUCCAUACACCCGUCCGCGCCCGCGCCGCAGCACUCCAAUAUACAGUCCGCAAAGCCGGGUAGCAUAACGCAGGGUUACCCGGUGCAGCAAUCCAAUCCGAACGUGCAGAAUCCAAACAUGUACCCCAACAGACAUCGCUAUUAGCUACUUUUUUACUACAGGCACUACAAACGCUUGCGGCGAGGUGCUUGAACACAGACCAUAUUUUUUUUAAUUAUAGACUAGCGCUUGGCUGCAAUCAGACCAGACAAGUGAUGAUGCAGCCUAAGAUGGAGCGCUCUUGCCUAGAAGAAGCCUAUUCACUCUUGACUUGAAGGUGCCCAUAUUAAAAUUGGAUGGGAAAACUGAUGCUGGGCUAGAUAUCAGUCUAAAGAGACCAACAAACAGAGACGUCUAUGUACUCUGUCCACGCAGAGAUGUUAGUAAAGGGCUCUCUCUGUUACGUAAUCCCAUACAAAUGACAAAGACAAAAAACGUAACCAUUUUGAGUCAACAACCAAUCACAAGCGAAACUUUUUUCGAAUUGAAUUUCGAAUGUUUUUUGAAAACAUGUUAACGUUGUUUUUUGUAUUUGUCAUUUGUAUGGGAAUACGUAACAGAGAAGACUCCUAUACUAACUUCUCUCCGUGGAUAGAGUAUAAAUAGAUUAAUCAUGCGGAGUGUAAGAGGCGAGACGUGGGAUUCAGUACCAGUGUUAUAUUAAUGUAGAGAACUUUAUUGUGUAAAUAAAAUAUAAAUGUAAUUUGCUGCAAUAUGUAAAUUCUAUAAAUCGCAGCGUGUUACAUUAUACUCGAUCUGUGGAAAAAAGUGUAUAGCGCUUUCUCUGUUACGUUAAUCCCAAAAUAAUAUAGAAGAAACAGAAAUCUCAAUGCGUGCAUUUUGAGUCACGGACCAAUCACAAACGAAAAUAUUUUUUUAAUUGAAUAAUUUUUUUAACCAUUUUCGGAUUGAUUUUCGAGUAUUUUUUGAAAACAUGUUUGUGAUUGGUUGGUGUCUGAAAAUGGUUAACGCCCACUGAUAUUUUUGGCUCUAUCAUUUACUAUGGGAUUACGAAACACAAAGAGCGCUAUAAUACUAACUUCUUUUCCGGAUAGGAUAUAAUUUACCUACUAUGGGAUCAUGUAACACAAAGAGCGUUAUAUUAACUUCUUUUCCCCGAUAGGAUAUGUGAUAGGUCUGCGUAUCAUUUUUUUUUCUUUUUUACUCGUAAGUUGUACAUACAGAAAAGUUAUUAUAGAAAAUUAAUGUUUGCAUUAUGCUUGUUUCUAAACAAAAACUGCAAUGAGUUAAAUUAAACUAUAUUUCUUUGGUUUGUGGAUUAAUGACGGAGACGGCGUUGUUAUAUACGUCAUUAGUUGAAGGCUUGUCAUCGACAAACUAAAAUAACCGACAAAAAAUAAAGAAAUCUUACAUGCAUCAAUACGUAAUUGGUAUGGCCACUGGUUAUGGUUUAAAUAAUAUUCCUUAAUCUGACCUACAUAUUACAAAAUUUUUGUUAUAUUAUUAAGCUUAAGUUUUGCAAAUUAGCAUUGUUCUAUCUACUGUAUAAUAUUAUUUAUUUGAUAGUGAUGCAAAAGGUAGAUAAAUAGGGAAGUAUAAUAAAUAUAAUUUUAAGUAAAGGAAUCUAUAAUACCUUAACAAUAUUUUGCUAAAUUAUGAAUAAUUAUGGUUAUACCACAUCAAUAAAUAAGUAUUAUACUUA